UGCGGCGCGGCGGGGCGCGGGCCGGGCUUGGUGGGUGCGCGGGGCCAUGGAGCUGUUGAGGACUAUCGCGUACCAGCCGGGCGGCGGCAGCAGCAGCAGCAGCGCCAGCACCAAGAUGUGCGAGCAGGCGCUGAGCAGAGCCUGCAGCGGGGAGUCCCGCAGGAAGAAGCCAGAGGAGCAGCAGCAGCAUCACCACUCGCACGCCGCUGCCGAGGUCUCGCGGAUUAUUACUGACCCCACGACUGGCAAGCGCUACUGCCGCGGCAAGGUGCUCGGGAAGGGUGGAUUUGCCAAGUGUUAUGAGAUGACUGAUCUGACAACAAACAAAGUCUAUGCUGCAAAAAUCAUUCCCCACAGUCGUGUAGCUAAACCUCAUCAAAGGGAAAAGAUUGACAAAGAGAUUGAGCUGCACAGAAUGCUUAAUCAUAGACAUGUUGUACAGUUUUACCACUACUUCGAAGACAAAGAAAAUAUAUACAUUCUUCUGGAGUACUGCAGCAGAAGGUCAAUGGCUCAUAUCCUGAAAGCAAGGAAGGUAUUGACGGAACCAGAAGUACGAUACUACCUCAGGCAGAUAGUGUCAGGGCUAAAGUAUCUUCAUGAACAGGAAAUCCUGCACAGAGACCUUAAACUAGGUAACUUCUUCAUUAAUGAAACUAUGGAAUUGAAAUUGGGUGACUUUGGCUUGGCAGCAAGGCUGGAACCUCUGGAACACAGGAGGAGAACCAUCUGUGGCACACCAAAUUACCUUUCUCCAGAAGUCCUUAACAAACAAGGGCAUGGCUGUGAAUCUGACAUAUGGGCCUUGGGCUGUGUAAUGUAUACCAUGCUACUGGGAAGACCCCCAUUUGAAACUACAAACCUUAAAGAAACCUACAGAUGUAUAAGGGAAGCAAGAUACACUCUGCCAUCAUCUCUACUGGCCCCUGCAAAGCACUUGAUAGCUAGCAUGUUGUCAAAAAAUCCUGAAGACAGACCUACCUUAGAUGACAUAAUUCGACAUGACUUUUUUGUACAGGGCUUUACACCAGAGAGACUUUCUGCUAGCUGUUGUCACACUGUUCCUGAUUUUCAUCUGUCAAGUCCAGCUAAGAAUUUCUUCAAAAAAGCAGCUGCUGCUCUUUUUGGUGGUAAAAAGGAAAAAGCCAGAUACUUCGAUACACACAAUAAACUACCUAAAGAAGAUGAAGAAAUCUACAAGCUUAGACAUGAUUUGAAAAAGACGUCAAUAACCCAGCAGCCCCUGAAACACAGAAUAGAUGAGGAAAACCAGCCUCCUAACACGACAGUAGCCAAACCUGGAAUGCUUGCAGAAACCAAACAGACCAGAGACUCCAUUCGAAUGAUAGUAAGAGGAACUCUGGGAAGCUGCAGCAGUAGCAGCGAAUGCCUGGAAGACAGCACUAUGGGAAGUGUUGCUGAUACAGUUGCAAGGGUACUGCGAGGCUGCCUUGAGAACAUGCCAGAAGCAGAUGGCAUUCCCAAGGAACAGCUGACAGCAUCCUUCCAAUGGGUUACAAAAUGGGUGGACUACUCUAACAAAUAUGGCUUUGGCUAUCAGCUGUCAGAUCACACUGUUGGUGUUCUUUUCAACAAUGGAGCACACAUGAGCCUUCUACCAGACAAAAAAACAGUCCAUUACUAUGCUGAGUUAGGCCAGUGCUCUGUGUUUCCAGCUACAGAUGCUCCUGAACAAUUCAUCAGCCAAGUAACUGUUCUGAAAUACUUCUCUCAUUACAUGGAGGAGAACCUCAUGGAUGGAGGAGAUCUGCCUAGCUUAACUGAUGUUCGCAGGCCCAGGCUUUACCUCUUACAGUGGCUAAAAUCUGACAAAGCCUUAAUGAUGCUCUUCAAUGAUGGCACAUUUCAGGUGAACUUUUACCAUGACCACACAAAAAUAAUCAUCUGCAAUCAAAGUGAGGAGUACCUCCUUACCUACAUCAAUGAAGACAGGAUUUCAACGACGUUUCGUCUGACAACUCUUCUCAUGUCUGGAUGUUCUUUGGAACUAAAAAACAGAAUGGAAUAUGCACUGAAUAUGCUGCUGCAAAGAUGCAACUAAAGGGGACUGACUUUCUUAAACCAAAAGGACAUUUUUUCACUGUGAAAUCUACAGUGGAGGCAGUGGAGCGAUUGGUAUGUUGAUGAUGGAUGAGCGGUGGUACGAAAACUUGAUUCUUGUGGUGUGCUGGGCUGGGACCAGACAGAGGCCUUGAACCUACUGGUGGACCUAAAUUGGUGUGACAAGGAGUUCUUUGGACUGUAGCUUUUGUGUCAUGCACGUUUAAAGAUUUUUUUUGUCUUAAACUCAGCAGUGUGAGACUUUUGGCUCCAUAAUGAGCAGUUUGGAUGGAGGACUUAAACUGUGAAUACAUUUUUGGAAGGGGCAAGUAGGGAGAGCUCCCUGUUGUGGAACAGCUGUAACAAGCAGCUUUUAGCUGCUUAACUGUGAACUACGGCCAUAAUCUUUCUUUUUUUUUUUUCCUUUUAUUUUUUUCAAGAACUACCCACAUUUGUGGCUGGCAAAGUGCAUUCCUUGUUAAUAUUUUUUUUUUAUUUAUUACAGCCCAAAAUGAAGUAUUUAUUACACACACAUUUUUGGACGUUAAUAUUUUAAAUAUAAAUUUGUUGACAAUAAAGAAAGUGGAAAAAUGAA